UAUGUACACUGUAGAUUACAUUUUCCACUCGUUUGAUCUGAGAGGAACAUUUUAAUCGAACAAAGGAAGAAAAUUAAAUUACAAGAUUCUGUGGAUACGGCAUCCAUGAUUAUUCUGCUCUACUUUGUGUGACACAGAUUACCUUCUACAGUUUUCACCAAGUGGACUAUACGUGAUUCUUUGUUGGUUGGACGAAUAUUUAAAAAAUGGGUCCUGGAGUGAAGGAAGACCAAACAAUGCCAAAAGGAGGAUUGAAAUGUUACAAACUCGGUAUUAUUUUCUUCUUGCUGAAUGUCAGCAAUUUCGUUGUUCCAGGCACAGGCUUUGCAAUGAGAUCUUGCCGAAUCAGUUACGAUAUCGCCAUAUGUAAGGGUGGGCUCAGAGCUGUUCCUCGGGAUGUUCCUUCAACAGUGAAAGGUUUCGACUUGUCUUCAAACAAAAUUUCUAAAAUACAGGUAUCAGAUUUCAAAAGUCUAUCACUUGUGACACAGAUAGACCUAAGUCGCAACAACAUUUUGCAGAUAGAUACAGGUUCCUUUGCUGAUCUGAUUUCCCUCAAGAAGUUAAAUCUUAAUAACAAUAAACUUGUUGAACUUGCAGAUGAUGUUUUUAAGGGUUUGAGCAACCUCACAGAGCUAAGGAUUAUCAGUAAUAAAAUCAAAGUGGUGGCGUCCACCUCUUUUAGGUCCUUGACAAGCUUGAAGUUUUUGGACAUGUCUUACAACAAACUGGACAACUUAACAAAAGUUAAUUCUAUAUUACAGCACUUGCCAAAUCUACGAGUUCUGAUAAUCAAAAACAUCUAUUUAACUACUUUUCAUUCAUGGGAACUGACAAACAGCUCGCUAGAACUGACUUCCCUUGAUUUGUCUCAAAAUCCCAUCACCAAAUUUAGUAUCACUGAAGAUGUUUUUCCAAAUCUCACCUGGUUUAAUAUCGGCGGCUACCAGAAACCCAUGACAUGGGAUGUGCGUAACAAGACUUUUCUUAGUCGAGUGUCUUCUCUUGAUGUUAGUGGGCUUCAAGUGACGUUUGAGGACAUGAAAACAUUACUAGAGAGUGUCAACUCCUCUCUGAGUUCUAUAAGAAUGUAUGCAAUGAAAUAUAAACCUACAGCUCUUAUCAAUGUUACCUGCACUAUCCCAACAAUGUCCACACUCAAAUUCCGACGUAACAAACUCAGUUUUAUCAGCUCCAGUUUGUUUCAUUUGUGUAUUAACGUUACAGAGUUAGAUGUAGGAGAGAAUAAAAUUACAACCAUAGAAGAAGAGGCCUUCAGAUCUAUGAAACGUUUAAGGAUCUUGACUUUGAGUCAUAACAAACUCUCAAGUGUUCCAGCUGCCACAAAGAAUAUACCAACUCUUGCAGAGCUGGAUCUCAGCUCUAAUAACAUCACCGGGCUUAAAUGUUCCGAUUUUGCCAAUCUGACAAAACUCAGACAGCUCAAUCUAUAUCUGAAUCGGAUUACAACUCUAGAUAAGUGUGUUUUCAAGGAUUUAAAACAAUUGGAAGUUUUAAAGCUACAGAACAACCGUAUCUCCAAAUUAAACAGCGCUUUCAAAUACUUGCAAAGUCUUAAACAACUUCGUUUGAAUGGAAAUAAAAUCAGCACCAUUAAACAUCGGGAAUUUAUGGGCUUGCGGUCCCUCCAGAACUUGUCAUUACAUGACAAUCAAAUAAAAACACUUAAGAAUGGGUGUUUUAUUGGAUUAACAAAUCUUACCGAUAUUCAGCUACAAUCUAAUGACAUUAGAACAGAAGAAAUAAACGGUGCUUUCAAUGAUCUGAUUAAAUUAAGAAGACUGGAUUUGAGGAACAAUCACAUCAAAUAUGAUAGUAGUUCAGCUCUGUCUUCUCCACCAUUUUCUGAGCUGUCCCAUCUGGAGACUUUAGCUAUACCAGCACAACACAGCAGGGGGAAGGCCCAUCUGCCUUGCAACAUCCUGCAAGGUUUGACAAAUCUUUUGGUUUUUAAUACCAGGAACAGUCAACUUUUAUCCUUGCCCAGAGACAUGUUUAAUUACACACCUCAACUGCAAACGCUUGACGUUAGCUCAAAUGACUUUGUGGAUUUCUCUCCGGAUAUAUUUUACCCAAUUCAAAACCUUAAAAGCCUCUACAUAUCUAGAACAACUCUUCGGUCCCUAGAUUUCCUUAAGGAUGCUGGCCUUACUAAGCUGGAGUUCAUGCAGGCGAGAAAGAAUGAAUAUUCAGUUAUCAGUGAGAAAGUAAUGGACUCGCUACCAUCUCUCAUUUAUGUAGACUUUCAAGGCAAUAGUUUCACUUGUGACUGCAAUAACGCCUGGUUUCUCAAGUGGACUGUAAACAACAACAAAACGCAAGUUUUUGACGCUUACAACUUUGAGUGCAACUAUCCUACAGAGCUAAAAGGAACAAAACUGUUGGACUUUGAUACCCAGUUCUGCACAGUGCAAACCGAAUUCAUCUGCUUUGUAUCCACCACAUGUAUAACCCUCCUGUUUAUGGUGGCGUCCUUUACGUACCAUUUCCUGAGGUGGCAGCUGGCUUAUGCCUACUACUUCUUCUUGGCUUUGCUGUUGGACACAAAGAAUAAAAACAAGCAAGUUCCUAAUCAUUAUGACGCCUUUAUCUCCUACAACACCCAUGAUGAACCAUGGGUCAUCAGAGAGCUGUUGCCAAAACUGGAAGGAGAGCAGGGGUGGAGAUUGUGUCUGCACCAUCGAGACUUCGAGCCAGGUAGAGCCAUCAUAGACAACAUUACAGAUUCCAUCUAUGGAAGCAGGAAGACCAUCUGUGUAAUCAGUCGCAAAUACCUUGAGAGUGAGUGGUGCUCCAAAGAGAUCCAGAUGGCCAGCUUCCGUCUGUUCGAUGAGCGGAAGGACGUGUUGAUCCUGGUGUUUCUGGAGGACAUUCCCACAAUUGAGCUGUCUCCUUUCCACCGCAUGAGGAGGCUGCUGAAGAGGCAGACCUACCUGAGCUGGCCGCAAGCCGAGGAGCACCCCGAGCUGUUCUGGGAGAAACUCCGCCAGGCUCUGACGACCACAGAAGAUUACGCUGAAGACAGGUUCCUCCUCACUGUUAUGGACAGACCAUGAAAUACAAUCUCUCUGUGUCAGGUUUACAGCCUCUGGGCCUGUAAAACAGCUCAUACUAGAAGAUCAAGUUGUGAAUAUUUUUUCAGUUUUGAAAGACUAAAGAGGAUGUGAGCUCUGCCUUUGACUUCUCGGUUAAAAAUAAUCUGCUCACUCUGUUCAAGACAAGUAAAACAUCUCUCUGUGGGUCCCUAUACACGGUUGAUUCAGAUUCUUUUUCUUUUUUUUUUUUUUAAACUGUGAAAUGAAAAGUUAUAUUACUUUUAACCAGCACUUUUUUCCCCUCUCAUAGACAACUGCCACAAUGUUAUGAUAUUUUAUAUAGGGACCUGUUCAUUAUUUAGAAAUUAAUGAGAUAACAAACUAUAUAAUCAAAAAACAAACAAAUGAAUGGGAGGAAUAUGUGCUGUAAAAACAAAGGUGUGUAGGGUGAGGAGAUUUACACACACUAGCUGCAGCUCUGGCUUUAUGUAUGGAGCGCACCGGGCCCAGCUGUGCCCCAUGCCACUGAUUGAGCCUCCUAUUUAUGUCUUCAGCUCUGGAGAAAGAUAGUUGUGUCGCUAUUUUGACUGACUGUCUUCGUAUAGUUUGAACUGGAACAAGAUGAUACAGAUUAUAUAUGAUACAAUCAGUAUCAGUUCAUUUAAACUAUGGGAAACUUUGUGAUAAGGGGCUUUAAAUCAUUUAAUUUGACAUGCAUUUCUGUUAUUUAAAAUUAUUUUGUAUUGCAACUUUAAAAAAAAAACAUGCCCUUUGGCUUGUCUAUUACAAAUUUCAAAGCGCUUUUUUUCAUGCAGUUGUAAUCCUUUGUACUGACUGACUCACUGACUAAUUACUGCAAAGUAAGAUAAAAUCUUGAAGAUCGCAAGAUAUGAUAUAUAUUUUUGUGACACUUUUUUUUUUUACUCUUGUUUCUAUAUAUAGAUAAAAUCAAAUGUUCAAGUAAUAAAUUCAAGUAUUUUGAAAAUGUCAGACCUUAAAAUAAAAGU